CGAAGAAGGAGUCUAGCCUGUCUGUUAGCUGUCGCUGUUAUUGUGUCUACUGUGCUAAAUGUUAUAAUGACUUAAUAAGGACCCGACGACGUUUAAGUCAUACUCCAGGUUAGACACAGUGGAGUCAGACAUGUACACCUCUGGUAAAUACAGUUCCAGAGGCCCGGCUCUUAUACCACGGAUGAAAACCAAGCACCGCAUCUACUAUAUCACCCUCUUCUCUGUGGUGUUGCUGGGUCUCAUUGCAACUGGCAUGUUUCAGUUCUGGCCCCACUCUAUUGAGUCCACAGCAGACUGGACUGUAGAUAAGCGCAGCGUUCAUGAUGCACCUCUGGUGCGUCUCGCUGUGUCCAGUCCUAUUCCUGAGAGAGGGGACCUCAGCUGUCGAAUGCACACCUGUUUUGAUGUGUACAGAUGUGGCUACAAUCCUAAGAACCGGAUUAAGGUUUACAUCUACCCAUUGCAGAGGUUUGUGGAUGAAUUGGGCGUUCCCAUCAGUAGCACAGGGCUGUCGCGAGAAUACAAUGACAUGCUCAGUGCCAUCUCUGACAGUGAUUUCUACACUGAUGAUGUCACCAGGGCUUGUCUUUUUAUCCCAUCUAUUGAUGUGCUAAAUCAGAAUUCUCUACGUAUCAGAGAGACUGCCCAGGCACUGGCAAUGCUACCCAGGUGGGAAAAAGGUAUGAAUCACCUACUUUUCAACAUGUUACCUGGAGGACCUCCAGACUACAAUACCGCCUUGGAUGUGCCCAGAGACAGAGCUCUGCUGGCAGGUGGUGGUUUCUCUACAUGGACCUACAGACAGGGCUAUGAUGUCAGCAUCCCAGUUUACAGCCCCCUUUCUGCUGAUGUUGAGCUGCCUGAGAGACAACCUGGGCCACGGCGCUAUUUUAUUUUGUCUUCUCAGACUGCCAUUCACCGAGAGUAUCGUGCUGAACUAGAACGUUUGAAAGAGGAAAAUGGGGAGGCACUGCUCCUCUUGGACAAGUGUAGCAACCUUUCACAGGGAGCUGCUUCCGCACGUAAACGCUGCUACAAGGGUCAGGUGUAUGACUACCCACAGAUCCUGCAGGAGUCCUCUUUUUGUGUGGUUUUGCGUGGGGCACGAUUGGGUCAGGCUGCCUUAAGUGAUGUACUUCAGGCUGGUUGUGUCCCUGUCAUCCUUGCCGACUCAUACAUUCUGCCAUUUUCUGAAGUCUUGGACUGGAAAAGGACUUCAGUGGUUAUUCCAGAGGAGAAGUUAUCAGAGAUGUACACUAUCCUAAAGAGUAUUCCACAUCGGCAAGUGGAAGAGAUGCAAAGACAGGCUCACUGGUUCUGGGAGGCCUACUUCAGCUCCAUGAAGGCUAUUGGCUUGACUACACUCCAGAUCAUCAAUGACAGAAUUUAUCCAUAUGCUGCACAGUCUUAUGAACAAUGGAACAAUCCACCUGUGGUGAAAUGGUCAAGUGUAAAUAGCCCCCUGUUCCUGCCAUUGAUCCCUCCGAGGGCACCUGGGUUCACAGCAGUGGUGUUGACCUAUGAUCGUGUCGAGUCUCUCUUCCGGGUCAUCACGGAAAUCUCCAAAGUUCCUAGCUUGGCUAAGUUGCUGGUGGUGUGGAAUAAUCAGAACAAGAGUCCUCCUGAAGAGUCUCUUUGGCCAAAGAUUGGCGUUCCUCUCAAAGUCGUGCGGACUAAAGAGAACAAGCUGAGCAACCGUUUCUUCCCCUACGAUGAAAUCGAGACAGAAGCUGUGCUUGCGAUUGAUGAUGACAUCAUCAUGCUGACAUCUGAUGAACUGCAGUUUGGCUAUGAAGUUUGGCGGGAGUUCCCGGACAGGCUGGUGGGCUAUCCAGGGCGGCUACAUCUCUGGGACCAUGAAAUGGGGAAGUGGAAGUAUGAGUCUGAGUGGACCAAUGAGGUCUCCAUGGUUCUAACUGGAGCUGCUUUUUACCACAAGUACUUCAACUACUUGUAUACAUACAAGAUGCCAGGAGAUAUCAAGAAUUGGGUGGAUGCUCACAUGAACUGCGAGGACAUUGCUAUGAACUUCCUGGUGGCUAACAUCACAGGAAAAGCUCCCAUUAAGGUGACCCCCAGGAAAAAGUUCAAGUGUCCUGAGUGUACCGCCAUUGAUGGGCUGUCACUGGAUCAGACACACAUGGUGGAGAGAUCUGAGUGCAUCAACAAGUUUGCAUCAGUUUUUGGUACCAUGCCGCUGAAGGUGGUGGAACACCGUGCUGACCCUGUGCUCUAUAAAGACGACUUUCCUGAGAAGCUGAAGAGUUUUCCCAACAUCGGCAGCCUCUGACCAGCCGGUAACAGACAUCUUCACAUCCUCAAGACUCUAUGAAAUGCUUGUUGGGUAUGGAGUUGAUCACUUUCAGAUCCUGUACUUUUGUGAUGUCAUAAAGUCUUGAAUCACAGAUGGACACUGGCAGCUGUGUUUAGGCUAACUGUGAUAUAGUUUGUUUCGAAUACAGGGAGAAAUAUACAUGUUACACGAGCUGCUGUUGGAGGCUCAGGUUGAACUGAUGUUUGAUGG